AUGAUUUUUCGCCUCGAGGUAUUAACUGAUGGUCCGAGAUUUUUGGAGCCAAUACCUAAUGUAACAGUGGCUUUAGGCCGAGAUGCUUCAUUACCUUGCGUUAUUGAAAAUUUAGGGAGUUAUAAGGUGGCUUGGAUCCACAUAGAUAGACAAAUGAUUCUUACAAUCCAUAGAUAUGUUGUAGCUCGAGUACCAAGGUAUAGCGUGUCUCACGAUAGUCAAAAAACGUGGUUACUACACGUUUACGGUGUACAGCAAGAAGAUCGAGGUUAUUACAUGUGCCAAGUAAACACAAAUCCAAUGAUAAGCCAAGUAGGUUACUUACAAGUUGUCGUGCCUCCAAAUAUUGUCGACGAGGAGAGCACACAAUCGGCUGUUGCUGUCAGAGAACAUCAAAAUGCUUCUUUGACAUGUAAAGCAGAAGGUUUUCCCGUACCUAAAAUAACGUGGAGAAGAGAAGACGGUCAAACAAUUCCUAUCGAUAAGAGAAAAAAAGUAACUGUAUAUGAUGGAGAAACUCUUAAUUUAUUAAAAAUAAGCCGGUUAGAAAUGGGUGCCUAUUUGUGCAUUGCUUCCAAUGGAGUUCCUCCUUCAGUCAGCAAAAGAAUUAUUGUUGACGUAGAAUUUUCACCGAUGAUUUGGGUACCUAACCAAUUGGUGGGUGCACCAUCUGGUACAGACGUUACAAUUGAUUGUCACACGGAAGCUUAUCCAAGAGCUAUAAGCUAUUGGGUUUUCGACAACGUCAUGCUUCUCCCCACAAAAAAAUACUCAACAGAUAUAUCAGAAAAUAGUUAUAGAGCUCACAUGAGAUUAACAAUAAAAAAUUUACAAAAUAAAGAUUUUGGAAAUUAUAGAUGUAUAUCAAAGAAUUCAUUGGGCGAAACAGAAGGAUCUAUUAGACUUUAUGAAAUUCCACUGCCAUCUUUACCAUCGAUACCAAAAGAAAUUAAAAGUGGAUCGUCUAGUGGUAGAUUAGAAAAUUCAUUGGUGAAAAACACCGAUCCGAUAAACAAUCAAAAAAAAUUAGAUCCAUUUAGAAUAUCUCAGGAAGAAUGGCCGAAAAGGUCGUCAGGUGGAGAAAAAAAGGAAGAAAAAAAAAUAUUAUUAACAACUAAUUCUGAUUCAAUUAAAGGUUCAGGUAAUUAA